AUGCGUAUCCCAGCAGUGCUUGGGGUACUCUCCGCUCUUUCUCUUGCAUUCGCCUCUGACUACAAACCAGGUCAUCGAUCCCAUGAUGCACACAAGCGGGCUUUGAACGGAACCAAUACCACAACAACAACCAACACUACGGAAUACGAUUAUGUAGUGGUUGGCUCCGGCCCUGGAGGUGGACCCCUCGCGGCUCGACUGGCCCUUGCUGGCUACAAGGUCCUUCUCCUCGAUGCUGGUGAUGACCAGGGAAAUGCCACUAGGCAAAUGGUACCUGCUCUCCAGCUUCAGUCUACAGAAUAUGAGCCGAUGAGAUGGGAUUACUUUGUCAAUCACUACUCCAACUUGACCCGCCAGGAAGAGGAUUCUAAGAUGACAUACCGCACUCCAUCUGGGGAUCUUCAUGUCGGUAGUGGUGCGCCGAAUGGAUCUGAUCCUUUAGGAAUCCUGUACCCUCGUGCUGGUACUCUGGGCGGUUGCUCUGCUCAUAAUGCCAUGAUUACCAUUUUACCUUUCGACAAUGACUGGGAGAACAUGGCAGCUCUGACCGGCAACGAAUCUUGGUCCGCUUCCAACAUGCGUGGGUACUUUGAGAAAUUGGAGCGCAACAGAUACCUGCCUAGCAGUCUUGUUGGCCACGGAUUUGAUGGCUGGCUCACCACAAGUCUUACGGACCUGCGUCUGGUAAUCGAGGACCAAAAGCUCCUGUCAUUAAUCUUAGCUGGUGCAACCGCUGCAGGUACAAGUCUUUUGGGCAAAAUCAUCGAUACAGUUACAGGCCUCGCAGGAGUUCUUCUGCGUGAUAUGAACAACGAUAGUCCCUUGCAUGAUUACCAAACUGGUCCAUUCCAGGUUCCCCUGGCCGUGGAUGUGCCCGAAUACAAGCGCACCGGACCUCGGGAUUUCCUUUUGCAAACCGCCAAUGCCGUCAACAAUGAUGGUUCUCGGAAAUAUCACUUGGAUAUCCAGCUAAACACACUUGUCACAAAUGUGAAGUUCGAUACCACCGGUACCAAGCCUCGGGCUAUUGGAGUAGACUACCUACAGGGACAAAGUCUCUACCGUGCGGAUCCUCGUGCCUCGAUGAAGUCCGGUGGCAAGCCUGGCAGCGUGAAUGCAGCCCGUGAAGUGAUUCUGUCUGCAGGCACAUUCAACACUCCCCAGCUACUGAAGCUGAGUGGAAUCGGUCCCAAGGAAGAACUUACCAAGUUCGGAAUCAAGACGCUGGUCGAUCUACCCGGUGUGGGUGCCAAUCUCCAGGAUCGGUACGAAGUGGGAACAAUCGGCAAAUCACCAACUGACUUUGUGCUCACCGAGAAAUGUACAUUUAUGUACACUAUGCCUGAUCCAUGCUUGGAGCAAUGGGAAAAUGAUCCCUUGUGGAAGGGCACUUACAGCACCAACGGUAUUGCCAUUGCAAUCCUUAGAAAGUCAUCUGUCGCCGAUGACGAGCCCGAUCUUUUCAUUUCAGGUGCACCCGUGAACUUCCCCGGCUAUUACCCCGGCUACGCCUACGAAGGUCUGAAGGAUGCUCAGCACUGGACUUGGAUCACGUUGAAGGCCCGCAGCCGCAACAACGCAGGAACCGUCCAGUUGCGAUCCAUUGAUCCCCAGGAUACUCCCCUCAUCAACUUUAACUCGUUCGAUACUGGCGUGACUACAAAUGGAGCUGAUGAUAAAGACCUUCAGGCUGUCUACGAGGCCGUGGAAUUCUCUCGCACGAUCUUCGAAGACCUCAUUCCCCUUGAUGGAAGCUUCGACGAAGUCUGGCCUGGCCCCAAUGUCACCAGCGAGUCUGACGUGAAGAACUUCAUCAAGCAGGAGGCAUGGGGUCACCAUGCUUGUUGCACCGCUGCUAUUGGAGAGGAUGGUGAUCCUGAUGCUGUUUUGGAUGCGGAUUUCCGUGUUCGUGGUAUUGAUAGUCUGCGUGUUGUGGAUGCGUCGAUUUUCCCUAAAAUUCCGGGUUACUACAUUGCUCUGCCUAUUUACAUGGUCAGUGAGAAGGCUGCUGAAGUCAUUAUUGCCGAUGCUGUAUAG